AUGUAUGCCCUUACUCUUAUUGUGGCGGCCCUCGGCCUCGCCACUGCGGCCCCGUCCCACGACUUCGAGGUCCGCCAGGCUCCUACGGUUGCCUCCAUCGACCGCUAUACUGCCUCAGGCUGCACUGGUACCAUAUGCAACAAGGCAGGCGCCGGGGAUCUUCAUGUUGGAUGCAAUGUCAUCACCGACCAAUGCCAGCAGAGCUUGAAGCUCAACUACAAGAACGCCAACUGCAAGGUCACCAUCUGGAGAGAUAACGCUUGCAAGGAUACCAACCAGUUUGCUAACGUCACGAGCUUCCAAUGCUAUGAACUUGGUCCCCCUAUCAAGGGUAUCUCUGUUGACUGCUAG